AUGGUUGGAUCGAAUGGUUGUGAAACCUAUGUCAUGAAUCGCGACUUCGCCAAAUAUAAUUGCCUAAUUGCCGUUUUUCUCCUCAUAAUUCGCGACAUAUCUGCUGCGAAAUCUGAAUUGUUUUGUGCACAGUGCGCAUCGCCAGUGUUUAGAAAGAAUUGGGUGUUAACGACAUUACCAAUUAUGCCGAAAAACAUGCAGUUUUCAAAUGGAUGUCAUAAACUCGGUGCACCACCACUGCAUCAAUAUUUUGAUGUGGUUCCUUGCCAAAAUUCAACUUGUGUCGAAAUACUUGCACCAUAUGAUUUGAUGGAAGGCAAAAGAUAUGGUGUGAUUCGAGGUUGCUAUAAAGAUUUCCUAUCACAUAUUCCAACGAAUUCAAGCAUCAACUGCAGGUACGGUGGUUCAGGUUCAUUAACUAUUCUUUCACCAGAACUAAAUGAGCCAAAUGAUUUACGAUCUCUGCCAGAGUACAUUGCAAUUAGAACGUGUAGUGAUGUAAAUGUUAUCAAUGAAACAUGCAACGUGAAUUUAUUUUAUGCGAUUGGAAAACAAGAAUUCAUCAAUAAUUUGCAAAAAGCCAAUUGUUUACCUCUUUCAGGUACUAUUAAAUGUAUUGAAUGUAUGCAAUACGGUAAUGUGGGACACUGUUCAAAAGACUCGACAAAUACAUGUUAUGGAAAAUAUUGUUCAAAGUUUGAAGGAAUGAUUAAUGGUGUCCAUACAGUUGUUCGAGGUUGCUCACCGAUUAAUGCCUUGGUGGAUCCAGUCUGCGCAGAUUAUUCGAUGAAUACAACUCUAAAAGUUCCUGUCCACAUUCAAAGUGAGCCAGAAAGCAAUCUUCAUUUUCUUGAAGUAGCGAGCGAUCAGGGUCGAUCAUGCAUUUGUGAAACAAACUACUGUAAUGGCCAAAUACCUCCUUCUAUAUUUAUUUCAUUAUUUUUAACUAUUAUUCUCAAUAUUUUACAUUCUAAAGUUUUUUUUGCAUUUAUAUAUAACGCUAUUGCAAUACUUUUCCUGUGUCGCCCUUCUUUUUUUUCUGCAUAA